AUCUCGCCAUUAAUAAUUCUUCCGCGGACGAACGACCAAGAUAGUGACUUUGGGCGUCCUCCAAAAAUAUUUAGACCAUCUAUGCGCUGCAGAAUUCCCUCCUCCAAAGCGGACGUCGAGAGUGCUACUGCCCCCUUCCACUACCAACUCCUCGCCUCAGCCGUGGUCGCCACCCACUGGCAACCAUGAGCGCCAUCCUCUCCGCAGACGAUCUCAACGACUUCAUUUCCCCUGGCGUCGCCUGCAUAAAACCGGUCGAGACACUGCCGAAACAGGACGACGAUGUCAACCCUUACGAAGUGACCACCGAAGAUAAGCUCCAGACCAAGAACCCGGCGCCUGCCUCGAUUUCCCUUACCGAUUGCCUUGCCUGCUCCGGAUGUGUUACCUCUGCAGAAGCUGUUCUGGUUUCGUUACAAUCACAUACUGAAGUUCUGAAUACACUCGAGUCCUAUCCGCCACUCGACGUACGGUAUCUUAUCAACAAGCAGAUUGGCCUUGCAAAUGGGCACGGAUCCCCGCCCUCAAACGCGAAGGUCUUCGUUGCCAGUGUGAGCCCGCAGGUUCGGGCUAGCCUGGCUGCGACAUAUGGCAUCUCCGAACGAAGGGCUGGCUUUAUGAUCGAACAGUUCCUUAGCGGUUCACAGGGCUUGCGGAUAGGUGGCCAGCACAAUAAUCGAUUUACUUAUGUGGUGGACACCAACCGGGCACGGGAAGCAUGCCUGGUUCUAGGAGCUGAAGAGGUGGCAGAUUCAAUAAUAGCAAAGUCGAAGCCGAAGCCGGUACUAACUUCAGCUUGUCCCGGUUGGAUUUGUUACGCAGAGAAGACACACCCUCACAUCCUUCCGCAUCUCUCAGCAUUGAAAUCUCCACAGGCGUUGUCGGGAACGCUGCUCAAAUCAGUGCUGAGCAAGACGCUGGGCAUCCACCCUUCGCAGAUAUGGCAUCUGGCGAUAAUGCCCUGCUUUGACAAGAAACUAGAGGCCAGCAGGGAAGAACUUACAGAUCGCUGGUGGCGACAUUCCGACCACACAGACACAUCCGCAUCUCCCGUACGAGACGUUGAUUGUGUGAUUACCUCCCGCGAACUUCUCUCCCUCGCCUCGGCUCGCGGUAUCCAACUCUCCAGCCUUCCAUGCAGACCACUCUCGUCCGUGGAACGCACUCCGUUUCCAGACCCCCACGUCUCUCGCUUCCUCUUCCCCAAAGAACGCCAACGGCACAACCAAGAGCAGAAUGUGACUGCUGGCUCUUCAGGCGGUUACCUUUACCACAUUCUCUCAACAGAACAAUGGCGCCACCCAGGGUCUACAAUCUCCGUGCAGCGCGGACGUAACGCUGACGUCGUGGAAUAUUCCCUGGUGGCGCCCACAGGCCAAGCUCUGAUGAAGUGUGCAAGAUAUUACGGUUUCCGAAAUAUUCAGAAUCUCGUCAGGAAAUUGAAACCCGCCAGGCAAAGCAAGUUACCUGGUGCAGCGAGACGUAUGAAUCCGGCUGGUGGAAGUGGAAGCGCAAGUGAUUACGCUUAUGUGGAAGUCAUGGCUUGCCCUGGGGGUUGUACGAACGGGGGCGGACAAAUUAAAGUUGACGACGUGAUAGAGACAGUACCCCAGACGCGGAGCCAAGAUGUGGUCAACAGUGUGGUUGGGCCGCAGAGUCAGAAGGAGUGGCUGAGACUCGUGGAUGAAGCUUACUACUCGGCUGACUCUUCAGAGGACAUGGAAACAAGUGAAGAAGGAGAGGACGUGCCGAUGACCAACGGCAUUGGCUAUCUGAACGGGCACGAGAAGGCCGAACAAACGAUUAUCAACGGAAUCAACACCACCGAAGUCCACGAUUUUCUGUAUCAUUGGUCCCGCCUCGUGAAUAUACCGGUCUCAAAGCUCGCAUACACGACUUUCCGAGAAGUCGACAGCGAUGUCGGCAAGAACAAGCCCGCCAGCAAGAUGAGCGAUACGGAGCGCAUCGCCAGCAUUGCCGGAUUAAGCGGUGGUGGAUGGUGAUUUCACUUUAAACGGAGGUGGUGACGCACUGGAUGUGCUUUGCUUUGUGAAUGGGGCCCAAUGGAGAUGGCGAUAUAUGCCGCCAUUGCACAAUGGACGAGACCAAAGUUGAUCGAGAGAUAGAUUUGAUUUUGAUACCCCAGCUAUCUUGAGCCUUGGGAUAUAGAUAUUUGUACAUGAGGAAUGAUCUAUAUGACAUUUCCAGACCAUGAUAUAUCAUCUUUGAGUGGA